AGCCCGAGCUGCAGCUGCCACCUGCAAGUGGUACGCUGGCUGCAGCGGUGGCAACCCCGGAUCCCGUCCUCCCGCGUCGCGCCCAUCAGCGCGGAUCCCGGGGGCGACGCAGUGGCGAAGUUGGGCUGUGGGCCCAGCGACAGCACCAGGCGGAGAAGCACCACUCAACCCCAUCCCUGGGCUGCAGAGGGCCCAGCGCGGGGGGCUCCGAGCGUCGGGAGCCGGUGGAAGAGGAGAAGUGCUCGCGGGCGACAGUCAAACAGGCCCCGGGGCAGUGCGCGCCUCGCGCUCCAGGGAGCCCCGCCAGCCUGCGGCACCUCCGCAGCAACCGCCGCCUGCACUGGGCGCCGCGAGAGAGCCGUUAGGGCGGUUUCUCCGCCUGGGGCCUGUUGGGCGGGGCCGGCUAAGGUGCUCGUGCUCGCUGGUUCUAAUUGUUCUGUUGGGCGUUUCUGCUGAGAGGCGGGAGGCGCUGAGAGUCUGUGCGAAGGCCCGUGGACAGACUGCAUUGCUUGUUGCGCUUCGGAGGCGGCGAUCCCCGAAGGCGAGCUGAAAUAGGGCUGGAGCGUUCCCAGGCUACAAUUUCCAGGCGACGACUAUGGAAGACUACGAGCUGGAGAGGUGGCCCACCCUCAGGGAGCGCUUGUGCUCGGAUGGCUUCUCAUUUCCCCAAUACCACAUUAAAUCGUCUCACCUGAGGAGGAUCCACAGCGCUGUCUUCUCUGGUAAUCUGGAGAAACUGGAGUACCUUCUGCUCACGUAUCAUGACGCCAAUAAGAGAGACAAGAAGGAAAGGACUGCCCUACAUUUGGCCUGUGCCACUGGCCAACCGAAAAUGGUAUUUCUCCUGGUGUCCAGAAGAUGUGAGCUUAACAUGCAGGACCGUGAAUGCAGGACGCCUCUGAUCAAGGCUGUGCAACUGAGGCAGGAGGCUUGUGCAACUAUUCUGCUGCAAAAUGGCGCUGAUCCAAAUAUUAUGGAUUUCUUUGGAAGGACUGCUCUACACUAUGCUGUGUAUAAUGAAGAUACAUCCAUGAUAGAAAAACUUCUUUUAUAUGGUACAAAUAUUGAAGAAUGCAGCAAGGUAUAGGUCAACCAACGUUAUUUUCAAACUAUCUGAAAUGCAUUUAUUUUAACAUUGACACAAGGGUCAAUUUUUCAUAUUUGGAAGCUCAAACAUUUCUUGAAUGAAAAUAUUUUGAAAUGCC